AUAAAAUGUUGACUCAUUAAAUUGAAUGACUUUGAAUAGAAGUCGCCAAACAAGUAUAAAAAUCGUGAAAUAAUAAAUUAAAGCGCUGUUGCCGAAACGGUGGAUAAUAAGAAUAAUAGGCUACAACUCUCCAAAUAUCGAAAACUCGUAUUUAGUGAACAAAUCAUGGAACUAUACCGGCAGGUCUUGGCCUUUCUUACUGUUGUCGGAUUUGUGGGUGCUUACCCAGGAGGCCCACCCGUAGGAGCAUGUCAGCAUAUGUUUCCCGUGGAACACAACCGUACAGCGCAGAAUACAACCGCACCAUUUGAGGUUGCUAUCUCAGGGACCAAAUAUGCAGGUGGCACCGAAAUAACUGUGACUGUGCGCAACACGAGCGACACGUACUUCGAAGGCUUGUUUGUCCAAGCGAGAAGGGUUAGCGACAACGUGAAUGAAACUAUCGGAUCCUUCGAAGUUCCCACCGGUCAAAAUUUGAAAACCAUGGAUUGUCUUUCCAAAGAAAAGUCGGCUGUUUCCCAAAGUAAGAAAGCCCAUUACACUGAGAAGCAGUUCACAUGGAUUGCCCCUGCGGACUUUAACGACGAUGUCAGGUUUAGGGCAACUAUUGUUCACGAGACUCAUGAUUUUUGGGUGGAUGUAUUUUCAAACACCAUGAGAUAUGAUGCAUCUCUAGAAGUAAAAAACACCAAUGGUGCCGCUACGCUCGCAACCAGUGUCCUUACCAUAGUCGCCUCUGCAUUAUUUAUUUUACAUUAG